AACACACACACACACACACACACAGUGACACCAUAAUAAAUUUAUUUUUCCUAUUACAACACGAAAUCGACAAUUUUUCUUUCAACAACUAUAUAAAUUGAACCUCCAUAUGGGUUCUUCUAAAACUUUCUAAUUUGAAAAUCGAACAAAGAAAAAAAAGAAAUCAAUGGAAUUUCAAGAAAACCCAGAAAAUCCUCUUGUUCAUAUAAUAUCAUCAUCAACUGAAGCGGAAGAAGAACAAGAAGAAGAAUAUGGGAUGACUGAUGCAGAGAGGGAAGAAAUAGAGGAGUUAAUCGGGUACAAAUUUAACGACCCGGGAUUAUUACAGACCGCCUUCACCGAUUCGUCGUACAAGAAAGAGGGGUUCGAAACUGAGUCGUUCGAGAGGCUAGAAUACAUCGGAGACUCGGUUCUGAACCUGCUGAUUGCCCGGGAGCAUUACGUGGCCAACCCGGAAUUUCUCCCGGGGAAAUUGACUUUGCUCCGGGCAGCCAACGUCGGGACUGAGAAGCUUGCCCGCGCUGCCAUGAAGUGGAAUCUUCAUAAGUUUUUACGACAUAGGAAACCUCUCCUAAACGACCAGAUUGGAGAAUUCUCGAAAGCAAUAGAGGAGUAUCCAUUGCACUCAGCUGGCUUAGUUGAUUCUCCAAAAGUUUUGGCUGACAUCGUCGAAUCCUUAAUUGGUGCGAUCUUUCUCGACUGCAAUUCCUCUUUGGAGACCACUUGGCAGGUAGUGAAGAAAUUGUUGGAACCAAUGGUGGAUAACACAACCUUAAGACCACAUCCUAAGACGCAACUGAAUGAAUAUUGCCAGAAGAACAAUUUGCAGUUGGAGUACGAGAAUUUGUGGGAGAAAACAGGAGAGGUCAAAGUUUACGUGAACAACAAAUACGUUGGAACUGGUGCCUAUAGAUCCAAGAGGACUACGGCUUUGAAUAGGGCAGCAUAUAAAGCUUGUACCCAAAUUUUCAAUGAUUUCACGAGCCCCAAUCCGACGCCUCCCGUGUUAGAUUAGUUAUUACUUCUUCCGUGUCGAAAUGAUUGUACUAAAAAUGAAAAAUUAAAUGUGAUAAACAUUUUGAAACGGAUAGGGCACAAAUUGUAAGACUUGUUGGAUUUGUUUUUGGAUUGAUUAAUUAAAUGUAUCGCUUUGAAGAGAUGAAAGGUGAGGUGUUCAAUCAGUUGUAAUGCUUUGUUCGCGAUCCUAUAAUCAAUUAAUUAUCGCAAAGGAUCAA